AUGUUUAUUUAUCAUUCGCUUUCAUUUUUACAUACUGUGAAAAUACGUGCUAUGGGUGCUAAACUAACCAAAAGCAAAGAUAUUUCAAUCAGCGAAAAAACUGAACAACAACCACAGAAAAUAGAAACAACAACUACUGAAAAUUCAAAUAAUCAUUUGGAUGCAACAACAAAUGAAGAUACGAAACAAAUAACAAAGAAAAUUAAAAAGAAGCAAGAAUCAAAAUCUGAUAAAAAAUCAUCUAAAAUAAAGGUCGACAAGAGUACAAACACAGAAAACUGUUUAUUACCAUCAUCAACAUUCAGUGAACAAUUGGUUGGUGAAAAAAUCUCUGCAAUGAAUAAUAAUGUUCUAUUAGAUAUUAAUCCAGCUCAAAUUAAUGAAGGUUACCAACCCGAAACACCCCUCAAAGAUGUGCAAGAACUUUGGAAUCGUUGUGCUCAAAAUAGUAUCAUAUCAAAUGGAUUACAGAAUGACAAACAAGAAUAUUCUACAAAUAUUCUAAAUAAUACUGAUGAUCAGGAUAAUAAUGAAAUACAACAACAGUAA